AACCCUUUAAAUAACCUCCAACAAUAAUGGAUAUGAAGAUUACCAGAAUCCUAACAAACCCAACUGAAGCAAUAGCUAGCAAUAACCCAAAAUGGACAACCCUUCUACAUCUUCACCAUGCAAAGAAAGCACAUCAACAGAGAUUGUGUUCUUUGACAUAGAAACAAAUGUACCCAAUAGAGUUGGACAAAGGUUCUGGGUUUUAGAAUUUGGGGCAAUUGUUGUUUGCCCUCGGAAGCUUGUGGAGCUAGACAGUUAUAGCACCCUCAUUAGGCCAACAGACUUGUCUGCUGUACCCUCAAGGUCCGGUAGAUGCGAUGGGAUCACCAAGGAUGUUGUUGCAAAUGCACCCUUGUUUGAGGAAGUUGCAGAUAAGAUAUUCAACAUUUUGAAUGGUAGAAUUUGGGCAGGUCAUAACAUCCAAAGGUUCGAUUGUGCUCGCAUUAAGGAGGCGUUUUCGGACAUUGGUAGGCCUGCACCUACUCCUGUUGGGAUGAUAGACUCCUUAGGGGUAUUGACUGAGAAGUUUGGCAGAAGAGCUGGCAAUAUGAAGAUGGCAUCAUUGGCAACUUACUUCAAGCUCGGGCAGCAAAAGCACAGGAGCCUUGAAGAUGUUAGGAUGAACCUGGAGGUCCUCAAGAACUGUGCAACUGUGCUGUUUCUGGAAGCAAGCCUUCCUAGCGUGUUAAAUGGCAACUGGCAUGGCUCCCCAACGGUUACAACUCGGAGUAGAAGUAAUGGGAAAUUGCCAUGCCGAGAUGAAACAACAAGCCGAAAGUCUCCCCCAACUGCUUCUAUUGGAUAUCAAAGAGCAGUUCCAUAUGUUCCAAGGGGGAGUUUGGAAAAGGUGACAGAAAGGGUAAAGAAUCUACUGUGUAGAGCACAAGGAAACCAGCCUCUUAGUAACAUAUUGAAGCAUUCUCAUUCACUACUCCGGUGAUGAACUUACGAUUCACUAAUCAAAGGAUGGA